AAAAAAGAAAAAAACUACCACCUUUAACCAAAAGAGGGGAAAACCAGUCAAGCUCGUUCCGUAGGCAUGAAGAGCUUUUAUUGUGGGGAAUCAUGGUAGCCCAGUUGGUUGGCUACCUAAACUUCCACCUUGUUGUGGGGGGUCGAUUCUCCACCUUGUAAUCUCCUCCCUAAUUCCCCUUCUCCUCCCCUAAGAAUAAUAAAAAAGAUUUUUUUAAAAAAGUUUUUGUUGUGAUGUGGAGAUAGAACACACCUCCUUGGGGGGUUUCUUGUUCUAAUAGCUCUCAUCAGUAUCCUCGGGGUUUUGCAUGUGAUUUAAAUGUCAUCAUAUAGUGUAUUGGUCAUUUAUUUGCUUCAUCAUAAUUACCAUUAUGUUAUCUCUUUGACCUCUUAAUUCAAUUCCGGAGAGAAACUCUACUGGUGGAAACUUUGCUUUGUCCGAAUGGAUUCAACUUGUUAAAUCUUCUUUUCCGGACCCUAGAACUCUCUUGGUAUGCUGUAUAGCUGUAUAUGAUUUUGAUGUUGUAUAAGUUUUCACUUCAAGUAACGACUUGCAUAGGAACCAACUUCAUGGCUCUUGGGAUCGGAUGUUGUUGUGGUUGACCCUCCGAGGAAAGGGUUGGACCCGUCCUUGGUGAAGGAACUACGGCAUAUCUCAGCAUUGAAACUGAGAGCCAAUUCAUCUAAAAGGUAGAGUAAGAGAAAAUUCUGGGAAGUAUGUGGGUUGCUAUAUUGUUAUGAAAAUUCACGAUCAUUGAUGUGCUACAGCAUUCAAUGUGUUCCUGUCAUCCACUUAUGUUUUAUUUGUUAUGGUAGACCUGAAAAGGUCAGAGACGAGAAGAGACCGUGGGUCCUGCGUGCCAGAGAAGCUGCAAUUCAAAUUGAAAACACAACUGUACAUGAGGAAGAUCAAUCAUUGCCUCAGACUCUUAUCUAUAUUAGCUGUGGUUGGGAAAGUUUUAAAGAGGAUUGCUUGUCACUGCUAGCUAGUAAGGAAUGGCAUUUGCAUAAAGCCCAUGGCUUUAAUUUCUUUCCUGGAACACAAAGUAUUGAGAUUCUAGCUGUGUUUAAACGAGGCAGAGGAGCUAGCACCAAGAAGAAGAAAUCGGGGAAAAAACAAAAGAGACCCCACUGAAUAACUCAGUAGAAGAAGAAGCCAAUGUUGAAGGAACACAACUGUAGAAAGGAGAAGCCCACAUUCUGGAAUUCUUUCCAAGGCAUAAGAGCAUUCUUCAUGAUGUUGUUCUUGCCGUAUGGGUCAAAGAAUGACUCACGCCAGUCCAACUGCUGUAUUAUUUAAUGCUGUGCAAGUCAUUUAGUGUGUAAUUUAAAAUGCUUUUUAGAUACGAAAUUUCACUCAUUUCUGGUAUCUUUCACGUCCUUAGCAUUGUAGUUGCAAGAAGCAAAUAAUGUAGGGGUUUGGGGUAGGGAGAAGAAUUCAUGGUUUCAUGUAUAGCAAGAAAUAAUCUUUUGGCUCUUCAAGCAUCUCCCCGGUCUUUCUGUUUGGUCUC